AUGAACGGCGACCUCAGUUUAUCCCAAUCUCUGGGGGGGCUUCGGAUAGCCAAUCCAGACGAUUCACCUCUGCCGCCAGAUGAUGCGACCGUUGUGCCGUCACCAGGCUCCAGCCCGUUCGGAUUCCCGAACGGUUCGGUAUCAACACAAAAUUCCACAUCCUACGACGAUCCAUCUGCCUUUCCUCCUGCACCCUACGAAGCCCCUGCACCAGACGAUCGCCAAGCUUCGUUUAAUCAAUCCUCUUUUGAGUCACAAGCACAGCAAUCAGGCUCCUACCAGGCAUACUCAGCUCCCCUCUCAACGCCUCCGAAUCCCAACCGACCCCUUUCCUCCAUAUACGCGAACGGUUCGGCAAAUUCAGUCCUCCCUCGUGACAAUACAUACCGCAUUCGAACCGAUUCCGGUGCUUCGUCUACAUCUACCUCCCAGGCACGAUUAGAUACGCGAGGAGGUGCGUCGGCAUUGCAUGCCGGUGUUCCGGCGCGCGACAACUCCCACAGCGACCGGUCUUACCGGACAGCGCACAUCUCAGGGAAUGCUCCGGCGCCGAUGCGUCAAUCGUCUCGAGCACAAGCAAGAGCUGGCGGGACAUCGCAGAUGCCGCGCACAUCUUACAUGGCGGAAAACGGCCCACUGGCGAGUAGUGAAGAAUGGCAAGAACGGGGUGCCGCGGUCUCUGUGAGACAGGAGGUGGAUGCUAACGGCCAGACUGUGUCUCGCUAUAUCAAGAAGGGAGUCCGGGAUUUUUCGUUCGGGAAUACACUCGGUGAAGGCUCUUACAGUACGGUUGUCUUCGCAACGGACCGACAGACUCUGAAGGAAUACGCAAUUAAGAUCCUUGAUAAACGACACAUCAUCAAAGAACGGAAAGUGAAAUACGUGAACAUCGAGAAGGAUACCCUCAACCGCCUGACUGAGCACCCUGGCAUUGUCCGACUAUAUUAUACUUUCCAGGAUGAACAGUCACUUUAUUUCGUACUGGACUUGUGCAAAGGGGGAGAACUACUGGGUGUUCUGAAACGGAUGACCACCUUCGACGAGGAGUGUACGAAGUUCUACGGCGCCCAGAUUCUUGACACAAUAGAUUACAUGCACAAGCGCGGCGUUAUACAUCGAGAUCUCAAGCCGGAAAAUGUGUUGCUCGACAGCAGUAUGCAUGUCAAGAUCACCGAUUUCGGCACGGCGAAGAUCCUCAAGACUCCACGAAUGGAUCCCAGUUCAAAUGGCAUUCUUCCCCUGGACUCGGCCGAGCUUACGAAGGAAGAGCGGGCUAGCUCUUUUGUCGGCACAGCGGAGUACGUCAGCCCGGAGCUGUUGACAGAUAAGAAUGCUUGCAAAGCUAGUGAUCUCUGGGCUUUUGGUUGCAUCAUCUACCAGCUUUUGGCCGGUCGUCCCCCGUUCAAAGCUGGAAAUGAGUACAUGACAUUCCAGAAAAUCGUGGCAUUGGACUACGAGUUCCCCAUUGGCUUCCCUGCCGUCGCCCGUGACCUUGUCGAGCGUCUUCUCGUUCUAGAUCCCACUCGGCGUCUCCCGAUUGAACACAUCAAAAACCACGAGUUCUUUGACGGCAUCACAUGGGGUCCAGAUCUCUGGAAUCAGAAGGCCCCCCGUUUGAAGGCCUAUGUUCCCCCCGCACGCGAGCCCAUCAAACUCAACGAUAACGGAAAUGGGGAGAGCGCACCUCCGGUCGUCUCGACUGCUCCCUCUAACGCACCAAAUGCCAGUUCGCGUCACCUUCCCCGGGUGGUGACUGAGCUACCACCGCCGAGUCAACUGGAUAUCGAAUGGUCGCCAGUCCUGAGCAAAUCUAACGAGCGGAUCUUGAAAUUGGGUAAUUUGGUUGUAUUGUCUUCUGCUGCCACACACAGCCCGACGUCGAAGAAUAGCAGCGGCGAAUUCGAAGCUCCUCGGAAAUUCUCUCGGUUCUUCUCAGGAAGCGCUACAAAGAAACGGCAACGGUUGGUGAUGGUCACAUCAUCUGCACGUGUCAUCCUAGCCGCGUCAGGUGGUGACGAUAAAAAGAUUAAGCUCGAGAUCCCUCUACUCGCUCCAGGAACGACCUACCGGAGUACGACUGAUUCCAAAGGGAUGUCAUCUUGGAUUAUUGAUACGAGAGAAAAACACUUCGUUUUCGAGGACCCCAAGCCGUCGUCUAGCAACAUUGGGGCUACGGCGGUUCAGGUUCAAGAAUGGCUGGACGCAUUAGACAGGUCCCGGGAGAUGGCAGCACAGCAGCAAAGUGCAGGGUUCUCCGACGAUGCUUUCCAUUCUUCUGGCUUCCCUAGUCCCGCCAAUACACUGGACCGCACCUCCGAGAUGCAGAAAGACGACAAAGGGCCCCCACCAUCGGGUCGAAACCACUUAGUGAAACAGCAGGGUGACAACGAGUCAACAAAAGGAAGGAAACGAUUCAGCAAGCGUCAUUCAAAGAAUGGUCUCGCUGCGGUGUUCUAG